AUGAUCGAGCAUCCUGUCGCAACUGUCAUCACCACACUCGGGAUGGAUCAUGUUAAGCAACUAGGUCCCACGAUUGAGAAUAUUGCCUGGCAUAAAGCAGGGAUUUUCAAGAGCGGGUCCCGUGCAUUCUCGUCUCCGCAAAAGGCCUCUGCUGCUGAAAUCCUUCGGAGCCGCGCUUACGAAAAGGGUAUAGAUGUCCAGUUUGUCGAUAAUGACCCUUCCCUUCCAGCAAACGUACUUCAGUUGAAACCAGAUGUUCAACGAACGAAUUGUUCUGUAGCACUUGCUGCUGUUCAUCAUUUCCUUCAAGAGAAGAGCGUCAAAGGUGCUACCCCUUUAUCGUCCUCAGAUAUAGUGCAGGGUAUAAGUCAAUUCUCCUGGCCAGGACGGUUUCAGAUAGUUCAUGAAGGAGCAUUCAACUGGUUUUUGGAUGGUGCACAUAAUGAGAUGAGCGUUAACAAGGCCGCAGAAUGGUUCAUCGAGAGCUCACAGGAGCAGAGGUACUUCGCCAAGUCACAUGCUGCAGCCAUCUGUUGA